CAUGGUGGGGCCUGAGGGAAACGCUGGCCACCUCACUGCCCCAGGUGAGCGCUCAUGGAGAUGAACAGGCCAAAAGAAGUCUUCUGCUGAUGGGCCGUGAGCUGGGAGACCAAGAGGUUCUUCUGCACAUCUCAUGCUGAGUUACAGGAGAAGUCCAUACAUACUGGCCUUAUUUGAAUCUCAAGUCUGAAGCAGACCUGACUGUGGAUUUCUGGGGGACAUUACUACCCCUGCAAGGCAGACUCCCUCAGCCAGAGCCAGUGGGGCCCUUGAGCACAGAAGAGAUGGGAGGACAUCUCUCUGGAGCUGUGACAACCUGCCUGGAGGACGCUGGAAAGCCUCUUUCUUGCUUUUGCUAGCACGACUCCACACACAGUUAAUCGAGGCGGCAGCAAGCUGGCUGAGGGUGCUGAGAACUGGUGAAAUCUGCCUUUGUCACCCAGCCUAGGCAAGGCCUUCACAAUGUUGGCUUUUUGCAAUCCAACAUAAACAUGCAACUGGGAGGAUGCCAGAUUUGCAUUUUCAUAUGAAAACACAGAUUUUCAGUUCUCAUUCCUCAAAUUCAAACUCCACCCAUCGCACCAAUCAUCCCCAAAAGCAUCGGCAGGUCUCCUUGCACAUGUAUAAAAGCAGACGGGGCAGGACACCCCUCACAGUGUGCUGUACGUUGCCAGGUGUUGAACCAGAGGGCUGCAAAGAGGCAUCAGGCGCCACCAUGUCGAGUAAAAGCUUCCAGGGACUGAAGGAGCAGGCAGAAGGUGCAGCAAAAGAUGCUGCAAAUUCACUGGGACAGGCUACGCAGGAUGCAGUCAACCAGAUUACAGAUGCCAGCCAGAAAGUUAUCGAUAAGGCUUCCAAGACAGCACAGGAUGGUGUAGAAAAAGCAACUGGACAAGCUGCAGAAGCCAUGUCUGGCUUUGGGAAAAAAUGUGGACUUAAGAAAUAAUGUUAAUUUAAGCAAACAGUAUUGCAUGUCAAAUCCAUCUUAGUUCUGCAACUCCCUACUCCUGCGUGUGGAAAACUGAAAGCUGUUUGAGAUCUGGAUGACUACUCUCUCUCCAAGUACAAAAUCGUAAGGCAGAAUGCUCUCCUUAUCCUUCCUAUAGGAAAAUUACAUCUCUUAGCACAUCUUGUAACAUCUGUUCACAAUGUUCUGUUCAAAAUGGACCGUAAGGCUUCAGCAAUGUUAUUGCCCUGCUCUUACAACAGUGCAAUAAUUGUUGCCACAUUUGUUGAGUGUACUUACAAAAAUAGCAAAACUGUUAAUUUUCUGGGGCACCAGAAUAUUCACAUGAUGAAAUUAAGUUUCCUCUCAGUAAUCAAAAGUUAAGCUGGUGUUAUAUUUCAUGGCGGUUGUUCACUCAUUCUAUUUUGCUGUAUUUUCAGAUUGAGAUAAAUAAAAAGUACUAUUAAGAUUUCCA